AUGGAGCACAACACGGGUCUCGUGGCGGGGAGCCACAACCGGAAUCAGCUCGUGGUCAUCCGCAAGGAGAAUGAAAAUAGCGCCAAGAGCGGCUUCAACCCGUCCGUCUGCCAGAUUUGCGGCGACGAUGUCGGCCGCACGGUGGAGGGCGACCUCUUUAUUGCCUGUAACGAGUGUGCCUAUCCCGUGUGCCGCCCCUGCUACGAGUACGAGCGCAAGGAGGGUAGCAGGGCUUGUCCUCAGUGCAAAUCCUUCUACAAGCGACUCAAAGGGAGUCCUCGGAUUGACACGGAUGACGACGAGGAGGAUACGGAUGACGUGGAGCAGGAAUUCGGCAUCUCGGAGAACAGCAGCGGUCCGGAUGAUGGCACCCGUCGCGGCAUGUCGCAACAGCACGGGGAUCCUCAGCACCAGGGCCAGCAGCAGAUGCACCCGGAUGGUUCUAACGCGUACGACUCGUACCACGUCGGAUCGCACUACCCCAUGCUGACGUCAGGGCAGGUGGACCCCGAUAUGAGCAUGUCGUCAGAUUACAACAACGCGGGCGCCAUGGUCCCCGCCUCCGCGCUCCCCAACCAGGCGUACAACUACUCGCAGAGCAACGCCGGCGACAUGUCCAUGGACGUGCGCGCGCUGGACCCGAGCAAGGACCUGGGCGACUACGGGUACGGCAGCGUGGUGUGGAAGGACCGCCUCGAGGCGUGGAAGCAGCAGCAGGGCCGCGGCGGGCCCAUGGGCGGCAUGGGCAUGAACGGCGCGCCGCCCGCGCCGCCCGUCCCCGGCCCGGACCCCAUGGACACGGCCGACCUGCCCAACAUGGACGAGUCGCGCCAGCCGCUUUCGCGGAAGGUGCACUACCCGUCGUCGCUGAUCUCCCCGUACCGGCUGAUCAUCAUCAUUCGGCUGUUCGUGCUCGCCUUCUUCCUGCGCUGGCGGUGCCUGAAUCCCGUGGAUGGCGCGUGGUGGCUGUGGCUCAUGUCCGUCAUCUGCGAGGUCUGGUUCGCCUUCUCCUGGAUUCUCGAUCAGUUCCCCAAGUGGAUGCCCAUUAAGAGAGAGACGUACCUCGAUCGCCUCGCGCUUCGCUACGAGCGGCGCGGCGAGCCGUCGCAGCUCGCGGCCGUCGAUCUGUUCGUGUCGACGGUGGAUCCGGCCAAGGAGCCGCCGAUUACGACGGCGAACACGCUGCUUUCGAUCCUGUCCGUUGAUUACCCGACGGAGAAGGUGUCCUGCUACGUGCACGACGAUGGUGGCGCCAUGCUGACGUUCGACUCGAUGAGCGAGUGCAGCGAAUUCGCGAGGCGCUGGGUGCCGUUCGCGAAACGUUACAAGAUCGAGCCGCGGUGCCCCGAGAUGUACUUCACGCAGAAGGUGGACUACCUGAAGGACAAGGUCGACCCGCAAUUCGUCAAGGACCGCCGCGCCAUCAAGCGCGAGUACGAGGAGUUCAAGAUCCGGAUCAACAUGCUGGUGGCCAAGUCGCAGAAGGUGCCCGACGAGGGCUGGACCAUGCAGGACGGCACGCCGUGGCCCGGCAACAAGUCGCGCGACCACCCGGGCAUGAUCCAGGUGUUCCUCGGCCCCAGCGGCGGCACGGACGUCGAGGGGAAUAUGUUGCCGCGCCUCGUGUACGUCAGCCGUGAGAAGCGCCCCGGAUACAACCACCACAAGAAGGCCGGUGCCAUGAACUCCCUGAUCCGUGUGUCAGCGGUGUUGACGAACGCGCCGUACAUGCUGAAUCUGGAUUGCGAUCAUUACAUCGCGGACAGCAAGGCGCUGCGCGAGGCCAUGUGCUUCAUGAUGGACCCCAACGUCGGCAAGAAGUGCUGCUACGUGCAGUUCCCGCAGCGAUUCGACGGCAUUGACCCCAACGAUCGAUACGCCAACAACAACACCGUCUUCUUCGAUAUCAAUCUGCCCGGGCUGGAUGGCAUUCAGGGGCCGUGCUACGUGGGUACCGGAUGCUGCUUCCGCCGGCGCGCGCUGUAUGGGUACGAUCCGCCCAAGCCCAAGAACAAGCGCAACAAGUGCGGCGUGCUCUGCUCCUGCUUCUCCUGCUGCGGCGGCGGCGGGCGCGGGGAGAAGGGCGGGCGCAAGGGGCGCAAGGGCGACGAGGACGAGGGGACGCUUCCGCUGUACGACGGCGAGGAAGUGGGUGAGGGCGACAGCCUGGUGGCGCUGAAGAAGUUUGAGAAGAAGUUCGGGCAGUCGCCCGUGUUUGUGCUCUCCACGUUCCACGAGGAUGGCGGCGGAGUGGCGUCCGCCAGCCCGGGGUCGACGCUCAAGGAGGCCAUUCACGUCAUCUCGUGCGGCUAUGAGGAGAAGACCGAGUGGGGCAAGGAGCGCAUUGUCUCCCUCCUCAUCAACCGUCCCUCUCUUCCUCUUCUCGUCCCUUGCUCUCCCUCCCUGCAGCUUGGCUGGAUCUACGGGUCAGUCACAGAGGAUAUUCUCACGGGCUUUAAGAUGCACUCCCGCGGAUGGCGCUCCAUCUACUGCAAGCCCAAGCGCCCCACCUUCAAGGGAGGCGCGCCCAUCAAUCUGUCCGACCGUCUGCAGCAGGUGCUUCGCUGGGCUCUGGGCUCAGUGGAAAUCUUCCUCUCGCGCCAUUGCCCCAUCUGGUACGGCUGGAAGGGCAACAACCUCAAGGUUCUGCAGCGGCUGUCGUACACCAACACUGUGGUGUACCCGUUUACGUCCUUCCCGCUGCUAGUCUACUGCACCAUUCCCGCCAUCUGCCUGUUCACAAACAAGUUCAUUGUUCCCGCGCUGGACACCACUUCCACGCUAUACUUUAUCGCUCUCUUCAUGACCAUUUUCGCCACGGGUCUGCUGGAGAUGCGGUGGAGCGGCGUGGGCAUGACGGACUGGUGGCGCAAUGAGCAGUUCUGGGUGAUUGGAGGCGUGUCGGCGCAUCUCUUCGCCGUGUUCCAGGGCCUGCUGAAGGUCCUCGCCGGUAUCGAUACCAACUUCACGGUCACGGCGAAGCAGGCGGAAGAUGGGGAGUUUGCAGAGCUUUAUCUGUUCAAGUGGACUUCUCUGCUCAUCCCGCCGCUCUUCCUGCUCAUCAUCAACUUCCUUGGGAUUGUCUGCGGCGUGGCGACGGCCAUGAACACGGGCGAUGGCAACUGGGGCCCGCUGUUUGGCAGACUCUUCUUCUCCUUCUGGGUCAUCAUGCAUCUGUAUCCCUUCAUGAAGGGUUUGGGCGGGCGCAACCAGGCGAUUCCCACGAUUGUCAUUGUGUGGUCGGUGCUGCUCGCGUCCAUCUUCUCGCUGCUCUGGGUUAAGAUUGACCCCUUCUCUUCUACGGAGCCCAACCCAAGCGAUAACCUGCAGCAAUGCGGCGUGUCGUGCUAG